AUGCGUGCCAAAGCUUCGGAAUUUGCCCUGUCACCCGCUCUCUUGACCAGAGCUCGCCUACUCACAGCUGAGCAUACAAAACUUGCUGACCGAUUGGGCGAGUCCUUCGACGCCAAAACUGCCAAGCGAGCUGGGGAGCUGGCACCGAUUGCCAAUGUCCUAAAAGAAUGGGUCGAUGCCAAUGAUUCCAUAAGUGAGCUUAUGUCGCUGCUGGAUGAUCCCAGCACGGAUGCAGAGCUACGGUCACUGGCCACUGAAGACCUCGAAAGCAGUCACAAUGUCCUCCCCGCAAUUUCAGACCGGCUGAAAAAGUCAUUGAUUCCUCGGCAUCCAUUUGCGGAUCUCCCAUGUCUGCUUGAAAUCCGUCCAGGCGCGGGCGGCGACGAGGCGGGCUUGUUUGCAUACGAGAUGUUACGGAUGUACAUCGCUUUUUGCACUCGAAGGGGCCUCCGCCCAACCAUUUUGAAGCAGGAAACGGAGGUUGGUCCAUCAGAAGACCGUUUAAGCGAAGCGGUGAUAGAAAUUGAAGCCGAUGGAGCAUAUGAUCUUCUGCGAACAGAGUCGGGGGUCCAUAGGGUCCAAAGAGUGCCUGCAACAGAGACAAAGGGUCGUACUCACACCAGCGCUGUCAGUGUGAUGGUAUUGCCAAGUUUCCCAGAAAAUGGCACUGAGAUGGACAGUGCUUUGAACUUUGAAGAUCCAACCAGCGACUACUAUAUUGACCCCCAAGAAGUUCGGAUAGAAAAGAUGAGAGCAGGCGGUGCUGGCGGGCAGCAUGUGAACAAAACGGAGUCCGCAAUCCGGCUAACUCAUAUACCCACGAAUACCGUGGUCUCCAUGCAGGAUGAACGGUCCCAACAGGCCAACCGGAGAAAAGCAUGGCAGGUUCUUCGAGCAAAGCUGGCUGAAGCCAGACAAGAAGCCCGAGAGCAGGAACUUGUGCAACUCCGACGAGGCAUUCUCGGCGGAGUGGCCAAAAUGGGCCGAGGCGAUAAGAUCAGAACCUAUAAUUUCGGCCAAAGUCGUUGCACUGACCACCGCACUGGCAUCACGAUCCAUAACCUGGAUGGUGUCCUCAAUGGUGGCGAUGGGCUGGAUACAGUGAUGGAAAGUGUGCGCACCUGGAUGGCUGAUCGCGAGGUCGAGGCCAUGGUGGCCGAGGAACUGGCCAAAGAACAAAAGUAG